GUCUACCGGAAGUUUUCAAAUACAGCUUCCGGUUGGGUGUCCUUUUUAAGCUAAGUGAGCGUCCUUUCUGAUUGUUGACAAAUAUCUCGCCUUUUAGAAAAAAAUGGACAUUCUGAAGGCAGAAAUCGCACGGAAGAGGAGGUUGGUGGAAGAGAAAGAGCUUGUGGACAACACAAAGAAGUAUUUCAAGCGAGCUGACCUAGCCAGGAAGGAGGAUGAAGAGUAUUUCAAAAGAUGUGGAUACAAAGUUGCUCAUGAACAGCCUGUGACACAGGCGGAGAAGACACAGCAGCAGCAGCAACAGCAGGAGGAAACUGCUCCGUCCACAUCGUCCAACCCCGUUCUAGAGCUGGAGCUCAAUGAGGAGAAGUUACCCAUGACCCUCUCUCGCCAGGAGGUGAUCCGUCGCCUGAGGGAGCGUGGAGAGCCGGUGCGUCUGUUCGGAGAGACUGAUUACGACGCCUUUCAGAGGCUCCGCAAGAUUGAGAUUCUCGCACCGGAAGUGAACAAGGGUUUGAGGAACGACCUGAAGGCUGCUAUGGAUAAGAUUGAUCAGCAGUAUUUGAAUGAGAUUGUUGGAGGACAGGAAGCUGGAGAUCCAGACACACAGGAUGAUCUUAAAGUACAUGAGGAAAACACCACCAUCGAAGAGCUGGAGGCUCUGGGUGAGUCUCUGGGCACCGGAGAUGAUUUUAAAGAUAUGGACGUUAUAGACAAAGUGAUGCGGUUUUUGCUGGGCGUUUGGGCCAAAGACCUGAACAGCAGAGAGGACCAUAUUAAACGGAGCGUCCAGGGAAAGGUGGCCAGCGCCACUCAUAAACAGACUGAAUCGUACUUAAAGCCCCUGUUUAGAAAACUGCGCAAGAAGGCUUUAUCUGCAGACAUUAAGGAGUCAAUCACCGACAUCAUAAAGUUCAUGCUGCAGAGGGAGUAUGUAAAGGCGAAUGAUGCGUACCUGCAGAUGGCGAUAGGGAACGCUCCGUGGCCCAUCGGUGUGACCAUGGUGGGAAUCCACGCUCGUACCGGCCGAGAGAAAAUCUUCUCCAAACACGUGGCUCACGUUCUCAACGAUGAAACCCAAAGAAAAUACAUCCAGGGGCUGAAAAGGUUAAUGACGAUCUGUCAGAAGCAUUUCACAACAGAUCCUUCAAAAUGUGUGGAAUACAACGCUCUGUGACUCUCUCAAUCUUUCACACACACAUGCACACACACACACACACACUCACAUACACACACAGCCCCCCCCUUUUUCUAUUGUAAAUACACUGUAAAUAUUGUCAAAGCUACAGUCUGAAUAAAUGUUUCUUUAAAAGAAGACCUUAUGGAAGUGUGUUAAAUGUAUUGCUUCAUCACAAACUUAGUCACAUAAAUGCAUCUAUACCCAGCAGCGAUGUCAACAGCAAAAAUUACACAAGACUACCUUAGCAUACUUAUUUAUUUAGCAUAUGCUAAUGUAUCAGUGGCAUAUAUUUAGAUGUUUUUAAAUUAUAUAUAUAUAUAUAUAUAUAUAUAUAUAUUAGAUUUAUUUGUAAACAACUAAUAAGAAUGGAGUCAAAAAUAGUUUGCCAGCUUCUGAUGUUGUAAGCAAAAGUUGUAAAUGAGCAAAAUAUGUAUUUCAAUUCAAAAUGUAAUUUUAUUUGUAUAGCACUUUUAACAAUGAACAUUCUCAAAG